AUGGAUGCGGACGACAGAGAGAGUAUGGAAGCAAAUAUGAAAAAUGUACUUGAAAAUCAGCACAACUUGAAAUAUUUGGCUGAGAAGCAAACGUCUGUGGUGGAAGCAACGCUUAAUGUGCUGAAAAAGACCACGGAUGAAAUAAAUGGACAGUUUAAAGAGCUGAAUGAGAAGGUGCAAAACAUAAGUCAGAUGCUGAACACUGACUAUUCCCUCUUCAAAAAGGCGAUGGACUUCUUCGCGGUAGCCGAUCAACUUAGCAGCUUGUUUACUGAAGUGGAACAUAUUCAAGCCAGGGUAAUUGGCUUAUUAAUUGACAUCAACCAUGGAAAAGUAAAUCCAAAUUUAGUACGGCCAAACCAGUUGCAGGCAGAGGUGAUGAAAAUAAAGGAUCAGCUACCUAAAGGACUAAGGUUGCCUGGUGAGAAGGACGAUGUUUUGCAGGCAAUAUACAAGGUGAUGACGGCGCAUGGUCUGCUGGUGGAAGAAAAAUUAGUGAUUGACGUGCAGAUUCCCUUGGUAGAAAAAUCAUCAGCAGAAAUAUUCCGCGUCGUACCACUGCCGAUGGUGAGAAACGGAACCGCAAUGGUAGCAGCUUUAAGACAGCAGUUCCUGGCCUACAACUAUGAAAUGGAUGCUUAUCAUCUACUGUCGCAGUCAUCGAUGAACCAAUGUCAGCUAACUGGUGAAGAUGAAUUUCUUUGCAGAGGCAACUGGGCCUGGGAAGACGCCAACGAUCAUUCAUGUGAGCUAGCAGCGCUUAAGCCAACAAUUAUGUAA